UACCGCAGUAGUUAUUUGACUUGUUUGCAAAAUGUCUCAAAUUAAUCUUUUGCAACUUUUCUGCAUAAUUAUAUUUGUGCAAAAGUCUGAAAGCGUAAAAAACAAUGUUUGUAAGACCAUUAUGGACUAUUUGCUCAUAAAUUACAACCAAAAUUGCUGGUACAAUCCAGACGUGGGCAGUCCUGCGCGAGACAUAAUAACGAGGCGUGGUUACCCUUUAGAAACAUAUUACAUUCAAACUGAGGAUGGUUACAUAAAUGGUAUGUACCGAGUUCCUCACAACAACACACACACAAAUAUGAAGGAAAGGCAGCCAAUUUUAUUACAUCCUGGCCUCAGUGGCAGUCCGAACAGUUUUUUAUACAUUGGAAACCGAUCUAUAGUAUUUUUUCUCGUAAAUAAUGGCUAUGAUGUGUGGUUACCACACCGCCGAGGGUCGGCGUAUGGUCGAGGCCACAUCAAGUACAAAAGAACAGAUCCAGAAUUUUGGGACUACAGUUACCACGAGUGUGGCAAUUACGACAUAACGGCCGAGAUUGAUUUUAUUAAAACCAAAAAUCCCCGAAAAGUGAUUCUGUUUGGCUAUUCUAUGGGAACCACCGAGACUUAUGUUUAUGCAAUUUUGCGGAAAGAACACGCAAAGAGACACAUAACUGGGAUUGUUUCAGCCGGUGUUACAGCCUAUGUGGAACACCCUAAUAGGUUUUAUACACAGAUAUCACUCUCUGCGGCUUAUGUGCAGAAUUCCCUAAGAUUUCGUAGAAUUCAUGGACUUUACGAUGGUUGGGAAACAAGACAACGAGCAGACGAUAUAACUUUUACGAAAAUAGUUGGGGCCAAAAAAUCGCUAAUGGCCCUGUUUGGGGACAAUCCUGACCAAGUUGAUCCCGCCGAUUUACCGGUCUAUAUAGCUGAUCGGCCAUCAUCUACUGCGGUUAAAUGUUACGUACAUUAUGCCCAGAAUAUAAUUGCCAAAAAGUUUCAGUUUUAUGACUAUGGCUUAUUUAAAAACGUGCUAUUGUACAACUCAACGUCGCCUCCCUUGUAUAAUGUGUCAGAAAUUGACGUUCCAAUGUACCUUUUCUAUGGAGAGUCUGAUACACUGAACCCCAAAGAAGACGUUGCUAAAUUUUACAAUGAUUUGAAGGUGAAAAAGAAGGCUCUAAUCCAUAUUUCUGAAGAUAAGAAAGUGAAGUUCAACCACGCGGACUUUGUUUUAGGGAAAGACGUCCACAAGCUGUUUUAUGGAGUGUUGCUGAGGACACUUAGAGAGAACUUGAAAGGAUAAUUUUUUGCGCAACUCUUUGAUUCUUUUAAUAAAAAAUUAAAUAAGUUUAGCGUGUGUAAGAAGUAAAGAACGGGCAUUAUUAAUUUA